AACAUGACUGGACGCGGAAAGGGAGGAAAAGGUCUUGGAAAGGGUGGAGCUAAGCGGCACCGGAAGGUUCUUCGGGACAACAUCCAGGGCAUCACCAAGCCGGCCAUCCGCCGUCUGGCGCGCCGUGGAGGCGUCAAGCGCAUUUCCGGGCUGAUCUACGAGGAAACGCGCGGUGUGCUGAAGGUGUUCCUGGAGAACGUGAUCCGCGAUGCGGUCACCUACACCGAGCACGCCAAGCGCAAGACCGUCACGGCCAUGGAUGUGGUGUACGCUCUGAAGCGCCAGGGCCGCACUCUGUACGGUUUUGGAGGCUAA